GUCCCUGGAAGGUGGCGUCAGCAUCUGCAGCCGCAUCGACGUUAUUGGAGCCUCCGUGGAGGACCCAGGAGAGCCGAACUAGAACCAGGGCCCUGGGCCUCCCCAUGGAGAAGUCAGCCGCCUCAACAGAACCCCAGGGGCCUCGGCCAGUCCUGGGCCGCGACAGCGUCCAGGUGCCCGACGACCAGGACUUCCGCAGCUUCCGGUCAGAGUGUGAGGCCGAGGCAGGCUGGAACCUGACCUACAGCAAGGCCGGAGUGUCUGUGUGGGUACAAGCUAUGGAGAUGGAUCGGACCCUGCACAAGAUCAAGUGCCGGAUGGAGUGCCACGAUGUGCCAGCAGAGACGCUCUACGACGUCCUACAUGACAUUGAAUACCGAAAGAAGUGGGACAGCAACGUCAUUGAGACUUUCGACAUUGCCCGCUUGACAGUCAACGCUGAUGUGGGCUAUUACUCUUGGAGGUGUCCAAAGCCCCUGAAGAAUCGUGAUGUCAUCACCCUCCGCUCCUGGCUCCCUAUGGGCACUGAUUACAUCAUUAUGAACUACUCAGUCAAACAUCCCAAAUACCCACCUCGGAAAGACUUGGUCCGAGCUGUGUCCAUCCAGACGGGCUACCUCAUCCAGAGCACGGGGCCCAAGAGCUGCGUCAUCACCUACCUGGCCCAAGUGGACCCCAAAGGCUCCUUACCCAAGUGGGUGGUGAAUAAAUCUUCUCAGUUCCUGGCUCCCAAGGCCAUGAAGAAGAUGUACAAGGCAUGCGUCAAGUACCCUGAGUGGAAGCAGAAGCAUCAGCCGCACUUCAAACCGUGGCUACACCCAGAGCAGAGCCCGUUGCCGAGCCUGGCGCUGUCGGAGCUGUCGGUGCAGCAUGCGGACUCGCUGGAGAACAUCGACGAGAGUGCGGUGACAGAGAGCCGGGAGGAGCGCGCGGGCGGCGCGGGCGGCGAGGGCAGUGACGACGACACUUCGCUCACCUGAGCUCAGCACCACGGCAGGCACCCAGACAAGACGGGGCGGAGCCCAGGGGCAGUGGAUUCCCCCGCGUUUUCUCCCCUCCCCCAGCCUCUGCGCCUCCUGGGGACGACAGCUUCUGGUCCAGGCUGGCGCUGCGGCCUGGCUGGACACAGACCCAAUAAACGAUCUCACAGCCUCGGCCGGCUCAUCCCUUCCCUGCUUUCCACCUGCUCAGGGCACAGCCGCUGCCCUUGGUCCUUUAGUUCUACAGUUCAUUUUGUUAAUUUUAUUAUUGAUCACUUGGCGUUUGCCCCUUUAGGCAUCCCCUCAUUUCCCCAUGUGUAGUUGGGGGUGGGGUCACACCCUCCUGUCCAUGGUGUAUUCAUUCUCCUUGUGUCUAUCCAUUAGUUCACUCUUCAUCCA